AUGUCAUCUGAAUAUGCCAACCUUUUACCCAAAAACGGGAAGUGGAAACAGCAAAUCACCGACUUCUUAACUGAGGAUGUACCUUCAUUCGAUUUCGGUGGGUUUGUUGUUGGUGCUAAACCAGAAACAGCAUCAUUGUAUAUGAAACAAGAAGGAUUAAUUUGUGGUGUCCCAUUUGCCGCUGAGGUUUUCAAACAAUGCGACUUGAAAGUGAAAUGGCAUCGUGAAGAAAAGGACUAUGUGACAGCAGAAGAGUUGAAGCAAAAUGGUGGCAAGAUUGUAGUUGCUACGGUUGCCGGUGCUGCCAAAAAUAUCUUGUUGGCAGAACGGACUGCGUUGAAUUUAUUAGCAAGGGCUUCAGGUGUCGCUACACAAUCUUACAUUACCAAGAAUUUAGCCGACGAAAACGGAUACACGGGGUUAAUUGCCGGGACAAGAAAGACUACACCAGGAUUACGAUUGGUUGAAAAAUACGCCAUGCUUGUUGGCGGUGUAGAUACUCAUAGAUAUGACUUGAGCUCUAUGGUUAUGUUGAAGGAUAACCAUAUUGCAUCUACUGGAAGUAUCACUGAUGCAGUGGCAAAAGCAAGACUGGUUUGUGGAUUUGCUGUUAAAGUUGAGGUUGAAGUAAGUUCAGAAAAGGACGCCAAGGAAGCAAUAGAUGCCGGCGCUGACGUGAUUAUGUUGGAUAACUUCAAAGGUGACGAAUUGAGGCAAGUGGCACAGAGUUUGAAAGAGCACUACAAGGGAAGCAACAAGGCGUUCUUGUUGGAGUGCUCGGGAGGAUUGACAUUGAAGAAUUUGAGCAGCUAUCUUUCAAAUGACAUUGAUAUUUAUUCAACCUCAUCGAUCCAUCAAGGCACUGGUAUAAUUGAUUUUUCAUUGAAAAUCGACGUUUGA